GCACAGUUCGCCAGCAUGGAAAACUCAAAAGUCGGUGAAGUACUUCUGAAACGGUCAUUGAGUUUUGUAGAGGCACCGCUAAUGGCGCACAAAAACGUAAAGAACGAGCAACCCCAAUGGAGCUGGUCUCUAAGGUGGGCUGCCAUUGGAUCCUCCCUUGGUGCCGCCGUUCCUGUUGGAUACUGCACGGGAGUGAUGAAUAGUCCCGCCGAAAUCAUGCGGUCCUGGUGUAACGACACUCUUAUUUCACGCUACAAUCUCCACUUGGGUGAGUCCAGUUUAGAGCUGCUGUGGUCGGUUGCCGUCUCAAUCUUCCUUGUGGGUGGAGCGAUUGGUUCAGUGACGGGCGCCACCAUGGCCAACAGGUUUGGACGUCGAGGCUGCUUCCAAAUCUGUGGCAUUCUUCUAGCCUUGGGAGCGAUUUGCUUCUAUACGUGUCGACUUGGCUCUGUAGAGCUUCUGCUGUUGGGUCGACUGCUGGUUGGACUGGCCGGCGGCCUCCUCACCGCCUUCAUGCCAAUGUGGCACAGCGAGAUCGCAGCGCUUUCCCAAAGAAGCACCCUGGCACCGCUCUGUCCGAUGGGCCUGACGCUUGGUGUGGUGGUGGCACAGAUUUGCAGUCUUCGGUCAGUGCUUGGAGGACCCGAGCUGUGGCACUUCGGCUUGUCGUUCUACGGUGUCCUCGUAAUAGCUUGUUAUGCACCACUCAGAUGGUAUCAGGAAAGCCCCAAGUGGUUGUACAUCGUAAAGGGGCGUAAAGAGGAAGCUCGCCACGCACUUCAACUGCUUAGGGGUUAUUCGAUUGAUAGUGAGGCGUUGCAGGCAGAGCUGGACGAAAUGGAACUGGAAGCAGCUUCCAAGGUUGCUGCUAGCGGAUUUGUGGAGGUGUUGCGAAAUUCCCAAUUGCGGCUACCCCUUAUCAUCGUGUGCGCGUUUUUGGGCGGUCAGCAACUGUCGGGCAUAAAUGCAAUAUUCUACUACUCCGUCUCCAUUUUCCGUAAGGCGGGUCUCUCGCCAAAGGCAUCUGAAUGGGCGAACUUAGGGGCGGGGUCCCUUAACUUAGCCACCUCGAUGUUGGGCCCAGUUUUGCUUGAACGGCUCAAUAGGAGACCCUUGAUGUUGUUUUCCACCUUUUUUUGCGCAGUUUUUCUUUUUAUGCUCGCCAUGAUGCUCUACUUUAUUGAGAGCUUCAGCUGGUUUGCCAUGGGCUGCAUUGGAUGUAUAUUCCUUUACAUAUUCUUCUUUCAGUUUGGCCUUGGACCAAUGCCCUUUUUCAUUGGAGCAGAACUAUUCCAGCUCUCUUCCCGUCCCAUCGCCAUGUCUAUAGGAAGCGUCGUCUACUGGAUGUGUAACUUUAUUAUCGGAAUGGCAUUCCCCACUUUGCAAAAAGCUUGGGGCGGCUUGGUAUUUCUACCGUUCUCUCUUAUCUGUUGGCUACUCUUCGGUCUAACAAAACAGUACUUGCCGGAAACACGGGGUCGUGACCCAUCUGAGGUGGCUCCGCUUGUCGCUGCCGGCUUUAAGUCAAAGGUGCUGAACAACAACCAGAUUGUGAGGCAAUGCUAAAAUAAUUCUAAUAAAUUAUUUUGCCUCAGAAGAA